AUGGAUACUCCACAGGACUCGAAUCACAUGGCGCAAGAGGCUCACUCCUUAUCUGCGACACAUCGUGUACUGCACACCGCCGAGCUCCUCGAGAUGAUCCUGCUAAAUGUCUUCGAGAGAGGCAUAGAGCCGCAUGAGAUCAACAAAUCAAUCUCGACCGUCUUACACAUCCAGCGCGUCAACUCCUUCUUUCGACACACUGUGCAAGGUUCUAGUAAGCUGAAGCGAGCAUUGAACAAGCUGGAAUUAUACUCGUUCCCGAAGAAGGCGACCACAAUCCACGCCAUGCUCUACAACGACCCCUGGGCACGCUUUGUUCUCAACAGGCGAGUGCCAUUCGCAGGCCUGAACAACCUAGAGGCAGACAGACGCAGCCCGCACUGCCAACGUCACGCACUGGAUGCCAUGUUCGAUAGCAACCACCUUGCCUUUCUCGUCGAGGAUAAAGGCAGCUGGCGGGACAUGCAGGUCUUCGUGCAGACAGCACCAGACGAGGGCGAUGGCAUGAUGUGCGAGCGCUGGGGAGCUGGCAGAUACGAUGAUCGAGCAGGUGGAGCUGAAGCAUGGCCAAGUGUGCCGCGACAUACUCCAGGCAAGGAAGUAUAG